UAUCUCACUCUCUCUCUCUCUCUAACUUCCCUUAACACAAAUCCAAACUCAGUUUCUCUGCUAAAGAAAAAAAAAAGAAAGCAAAAUGGCAGCAACCUUAGCAGGAGUGAGUUUCUCAACAGCAACUACGGUGGUAGCCAAAUCAGGAGGAAGUUCAACCAAGACACUCUCACCUCCGUGCUUGAACCAACCAUGGAGAAUGAACAAAGUUACAGGUGUUCGCAUGGUUACCAUCCGAACUAUGGCUGCACCAGAUAAUACUCUAUCUGACAAGAUAGCAGAAAGUAUCACUAACGCUCAGGAAGUUUGCGAAGGUGACCCAGUGAGCGGAGAAUGUGCUGCAGCAUGGGACGAGGUUGAAGAAGUGAGUGCUGCCGCCAGUCAUAGCCGAGACAAAAAGAAGAACACAGAUGUAUUGGAGACCUACUGCAAGGAUAACCCCGAGACCGAUGAGUGCCGUACCUACGACAGCUAAUCUGUGCCAUUCUCAGGUGGUUCUACUUUCUCUUUCAAUUAGAGGUUUAUGUUUACCUUUUUUGGGGUUUUACUUUCUCUGGUGUUUAAAUUGAAUUAAAGAAUCUGCAAACUCAGUUAUCAGUUUGAGUUGUCCAUAGAUCUUUUAUAUAUAAUUAUAAAGUUAUUGUAAAAGAUUAAUUGUGUGUUUAUCUAUACUGUUAUUAUUCAUAAGAAAACUUGUGGUGUUGUGCA